AAAGCGUAAAGGAAAAUGGCUGGAUUCCUACACAAAUUUAAACAAGUGUACUUUCGUGUAUUCCCCUCAGAAGCAGACAAAGGGCAAAUCGGUUCUAUUGAAUUUAAUAUUUGGUUGUCACAAAUGUCGGGUGUACCGUUAUCGCCAUGGUUUGUGCCGCUACAGCGAACACGGCUUGUGAAUGGAUUAUUGCUGACCUACGGUAGUUUUUUGACUUUCACAAAUUUCUUCUACAUUCUUUUUGAAUUCUAUGAUUUGUACAUCUGUUGGCCGGAUUUCUACGCGUUCACGCAAAACUUCUGUCUGACAAUGUCACAUUUUGCCGGUGCUUUGAAGAUUUAUAACGUGUUGUUUCACUUAAGAACUCUGCAGGGAGCCAUUUUGAAGCUGAAGCGCGCUACGAAGUCGUACAUUAAAACGGAUGCGCAGCACAAGAUAUUUGCCCGCGCUGAGAUGGAAAACAAGCUCUUUCUCGUCAUUUAUGCCACUGUAGUGGGUUUCACCGGAUUUGUGGCGAUGGCUUCAGUUUUUAUAAAUCCCGAUAUGGCUGGUCAAAUAUUUCCAUAUCGUGUUGCAAUGCCCGCUUGGUUGCCGUUCUUUUUGCAGGUGGUCUAUAUAGGCGUCACUGACUUCAUGUUCGCCGUUCAAAUUGUCACGGUUGAUUACUUAAAUAUAAGCAUGAUGAAUUUACUACGAUGCCAUUUGAAUAUCAUCAAAUCCACUUUUGAUGAUCUUAUUUUGGAUGAAUGCCACGUGAGAAGAGAUAUGAAGCGUAUACGUGAUCCCAAUGCACGAAUGGCUGACAUUGUGGAUCAUCAUUGCAUACUAAAGUCCGUGCGUGAUGACGUUGAACAUAUCUUUCGCCUGUCCAUAUUGCUGCAAUUCUUUACUUCUUUGGUUAUAUCGGCGGUGACGGGCUUUCAGGCGACUAUGAACUCCAGUAACUCAAACAGCGAGAUGAUAAUAUAUUUUUAUUGCUUUUGCAUUUUUACACAGCUCUUCGGCUAUUGUUGGUUCGGCAAUGAGGUUAAUGAGCAGAAUAAAACUCUCGCUGCUCAUGGUUACGGCUCGUCUUGGUAUCACUUUGAUCAACGCUUUCGAAAGUCACUCGCAAUUUUCCUGCUUAACGCCCAACAACCGUUUAAUUUCACUGGCGGUGGAUUUGUUGACUUGUCAUUGCCCAGUUUUACGAACGUACUGAGCAAGGCUUACAGUUUCAUCGCUGUACUCCGUCAAAUGUACGAACGUUGAGCGACUGAUUGUAUUGUGAACAGGUCUUAAGGUUUAAAUAUAAUAUAAUUUUGGCUGUGGUGUA